AUGCCAUGUAAGAUAAAUGGUACUCAGCAUAAAUUAUCAGAUAUUUUUGUUGGUCACAAAAUUCCAUUCAUCCCAUGCCAAGCGCAUCUAUUGAAUACAUUUGCUGGACAAGUGAAUCUAUCAAAAACCCGAUGGACUGCCGCAAGGCCCGAAUCAAUUAAAGCUGUUUGGAUAUCAUAUGAACAAAUUAUUGAUGCAUUACAAGAUAUGUCAGACUUAAAAUCUAUGGAUAAAAAAACAUGUACUCUUGCAUUAGGUCUCUCUAAAAAAAUUCUCAGCUUUGACUUUGUAAUUUGCUUAUUAUUUAUAAAAAUGUCACAUAUAAAACAAAAAUCUUCACAGAAAACCUAG